UUGAGGGAGGGGAGAAGGAGGAGGAGGGGGAGGCGGACUGGUGCGUUCGCCGGCCGCUUCUCCCCACCCCCCACCACAGCCUCGGAGGGGUUGGAUGGGUAAGUUGGGCGCGAUGGAGAGAGUCGCCGCGGCGGGCGGCGGCGGCGGCAGCGGCGGCGGGGGCAGCGGCAGCGACGGCGGCAGCGGCAGCGGCAGCAGUGGCGGUGGCACCUCCUUCUCCUUGCCUCCUCCUCGGCGGGGCUGAGCCGCGGAGCCUCCCCGACCCCGCCGCCCCGCGGCCCCCCAUGAGACUGUUCCUGGGCUGGCUGGGCUUCACCCUGGUCUCGCUGUGGCUGGCGAGGAGGAUGUGGAUGGGCACCGCUCGGUCCCUGCGGAGUCCCCUCGCCCGCUCCCUCUACAUGAAUAUGAUGAGCGGCGGCCCCGGGGAGCCAGCGGCCGCGGGCAGCAGGAAGGACAACCACCAGUGGUAUGUGUGCAACAGAGAGCAAUUAUGUGAAUCCCUUCAGCCUGUCUUUGUCCAGAGUUACCUUGAUCAAGGAACACAGAUCUUCUUAAACAACAGCAUUGAGAAAUCGGGCUGGCUGUUCAUCCAACUGUAUCACUCUUUUGUGUCUUCUGUUUUUAGCCUAUUUAUGUCUAGAACAUCAAUCAAUGGGUUGCUAGGAAGAGGCUCAAUGUUUGUGUUUUCACCAGAUCAGUUUCAAAGACUGCUUAAAAUAAAUCCAGACUGGAAAACACAUAGACUCCUUGAUCUAGGUGCUGGAGAUGGAGAAGUCACUAAAAUCAUGAGCCCUCAUUUUGAAGAAAUCUAUGCCACUGAGUUAUCUGAAACUAUGAUAUGGCAGCUUCAGAAAAAGAAAUACAGAGUGCUUGGCAUAAAUGAAUGGCAGAACACAGGAUUCCAGUAUGAUGUCAUCAGCUGUUUGAAUCUGCUUGAUCGUUGUGAUCAGCCACUGACUUUAUUAAAAGAUAUUAGAAGUGUACUGGAGCCAACUAGGGGCAGGGUCAUCCUUGCAUUGGUUCUGCCUUUUCAUCCAUAUGUGGAAAAUGUAGGAGGCAAAUGGGAGAAGCCCUCUGAAAUUUUGGAAAUCAAAGGACAGAACUGGGAAGAACAAGUGAACAGUCUGCCUGAAGUUUUCAGAAAAGCUGGUUUUGUUAUUGAAGCUUUCACCAGGCUGCCAUACUUAUGUGAAGGUGACAUGUAUAAUGACUACUAUGUAUUAGAUGAUGCUGUCUUCGUUCUCAAGCCAGUAUAAACAUGAAGUAAAAGUCUCCAGAGUCAAACCCAAGAAGCAGCCUCUGAAAGAGGUGUUUGAUUUGAUGAUGAUAUAAAGGGAGGGAGUUUGGGGGUUGCCAUUCUAAAUAUCAUGUAAGAAUUUUAAGGCCAAAAUACUAAUGUAUUUCUUUGUAGUAUGUUUAAAAGGGCAGUUGUGGUUUGUUUGUUUUUUUUAAAGACUCUUCAUUUGAGAAUAAUUUUUACCAAUUCUUAACUCCAACAGUGCAGUCCACAAUCCAACCACGAUGAUAGAUAUUUUUUAUACUUAACUGCCAUAGGGACUCAUAUCCAGACAAAGCAAUAGUCGCAAUUUCAUACAACCAGUGUAUGGAUUGUUCUCAAUAGACUGGCAAUAAAGCUGUCUGUUCAGUUCC